CAUGCAUCUGCGCUCGCUCCUUUCUUUCUUCCUCCCUUUCCUGUACUUCCGUCGGGUCAUUUACAAACACUAUCUCAUCGCCGCUGUACCCUGUUUACAAGACCGUUCCACAUAAGAAUGUCUGUCAAAGGAGCCCACGUGGAGCCCGUUCGGAUCAGCACCCUUGAGUUUCAGAUCUACGAUAUUGUCUUCUCGAAACAGCUGGUCGCACUGUACCAGAUUUCAUACACAGAGACGGUCGUAGGAAGCCAUGCAGACGAGGCACAAUGGCACAAGGAGGCGUUCUUUCACGGCACAGGCCACUGUGGCUGCUUGCAAGCAAGGAUUACCAACCCAGAAAACCAUAUGGUCCUUGCUCACCAGUGGUGUGGCAGCAUGCGCUGUGCAACCCAGGGUAUCUUGAACCACGGCCACCUGAGAACUAUGUGUGCUUCCAACGGACACUUCUUUUCGCCGUCGUUGACUAUUCCACGAGAAUUUGCAGCGAAGAAAUCGGGAGUCCAUCAACACUUGCCCAUCUUCAUUUGCCGAGCCCGCAACAUCACUCGACACAAACCUGGAGGAGACGACGUGUACUACGUUGCGAAUGACCAGGACAUUCUCCCAUUUUACCUGGCAAUCGUUCGACGGAAGUAACUGGCAUCCAUGGUCUUUCAUUAGAGUCACUUCAGACAACAGACGCCCAGUACUGCGGUAUUGCAAUAUCUGUACUACCAAUAGUCCUUCAAUGCAGCUCGUCUGCCAGCAAUUUCAACAAAGGCAGCUUUACUUGAUAAUCUCGCAAAAUGAAAAAACCUCUGUUCCU